AUGCAGACGUAUUGUGAAGAAUAUAAAAAUGAUCUUCGCGAACGAUUUAAGGACUACGGCGAGACAUGGAUGUAUUUUCCUGAUGGCAAUUACAAACCUCGUGUGAUUUAUUUGCAACAACCAGAAGGUCCUGGAGAAUCAAAAAUAGGAAAAGAACAUUUGAUUACUUUUGAAUUAUAUACUAGAUCAUCUUCAAAGCAGCCUGUGUCAUUAGAACCUCCUCCAGUAGAACGUGAAAACGAAGUAGACCCAAUAACCUCAUUAUUGACUAUCGAGAAUUUUAACCCGGCUUUGGAGACAAAGGUAUUGAUUCAUGGCUGGAUGUCAGGAGGAAACUCGUCUUUUGCAGUUGACAUCAGAAACUCUUAUCUGGAAAGCAGAGAUUGUAAUGUUAUUGUUGUGGAUUGGGCACCACUCAGUUCAAACUUAUUUUAUCCGAUACCAAUGCAGGAUACAAGAAUUGUUGGCGGAAAACUAGCCCGUCUGCUUGAUUAUUUGGUGAAGCACCACGGAGCUGAUUUGAAUCGAGUCCACCUGGUGGGUCACAGUCUCGGUGCCCAUGCAGCCGGAUAUGCUGGUUCCCUUGUCACCACUGGCAAGCUCGCAAGAAUUACUGGCUUAGACCCUGCGCUACCCGGCUUUCGAUUGCUUUCAUCCCCCGAUCGAAGGCUGGACCCCACAGAUGCUGAGUUUGUUGACGUGAUACACACUUGCGGUGGUGUCCUUGGUUAUUGGGACCCUAUAGGCCACGCUGAUUUCUACCCCAACGGCGGCGCACCUAGUCAGCCGGGUUGCUGUUGCGGUUACCCAGAAAUCGUCGAGGCUUGCAGCCACGGCAGAGCUCAUGAAUUCUUUGCUGAAUCCGUCAUAUCUCGAGAGUUUUUGGCUCGACGAUGUGUCGACUGGCGCGCCUUUAUAACAGGGAAAUGCGAAACCGGCGAAGAAGUAGUCAUGGGAGACUGGCUGGACAAAAGCGCGCGAGGCGCUUUUUACCUCGUUACAGCCGCAAAGAAACCUUACGCUAUGGGUGAAGUAAAUGUAGAAAAUACUAUCACCAGAAAAUAA